UUCGUCGUAACUGCCGUUAAUAUGGGGAUAAUACUGUCCAGAUUUCAAAAAAAAAAGACAACCAUUGAAAUUUUGGAGAGUCUAGAUGCACAAAUCAAAGACAUCCAACAAUAUGGACAGACUACGGAACAAAGACACAAAAAAAUAGUAGGAACUAUCAUCAUUUAUGGAGUUGUCCUUUAUGUUAUGAUAGCAUUCAUCUUUUACUUUUGUUUCUUCCCAGCGUCAUUAUACGAUCAGAUCUUUUAUAUAACACCAUUACUAUUUUUUCCAAUUUUAAUACUUUUAACAAAGAAAAUGGUUUCAUGGUAUUAUAAUCGUAAAAUUACUCUUAAUCAAGAAAAAUUGUCUACUGCCAUGGCAGAGAAAAAGAAGAUAUUAAACGAAGUUACCGAAACGGAGACAUAUAAGAAAGCUAAAGAAAUAUUAUUAAAAUUUGCACCAGACGAAUUAACCAAUAAUAUGUCACCUUUAACUCCAAAGCUUAUUUCUCAUAGGAUGUCCGUACCAUCUGAGACACCUCGGCGUCCUACGCCACAGCCUGUAAUAUCUCCUCUACAUAGUGACUUAAGAAGAAGAAUUGUGACUACUCAAAAUCAGCCACAAAAUACACAGAUGGGUGUAUCUGCUUCUGGUCAAACGACACCUCCCAUUAAAUCGAUUAAUCAACCUUUAAAUGCUUCUUUCCAAUCUAGAAUAAUUAAUCCUGCAGUCAUGGGUUUUCGAUCACCAUUACCACGACCUGUGUUGCCACAACAAAGAACAGUCAUUGACCGUUUGGUUGAUUAUUUAGUAGGUGAUGGUCCUGCAAAUCGUUAUGCUUUAAUUUGUCGACAAUGUGAAUCACACAAUGGAAUGGCUCUGAAAGAAGAGUUCGAAUAUUUCGCAUAUAGAUGUUGUUACUGUGGUUUUUGGAAUCCUGCAAGAAAACAAAAGCCUUCUGCUCCAAAAUUAGAUUUUGAUAAUCCUGCUAUAACUUCGAGUGCAGAAUCCGAAGCUAAUUUACUUCAUAAUACAGACGAAGAGACAAUAAAACUUACUGACAAUGAGCUGGAAACAUGUACACAUUCAGAUACAGAUUCAGAUAUUGAAGUAGUUGAAAGACCAGGCGAAACAUCUGACAUUCCUGAAUCCGAAACCAAGGAGUUAUUAGAGGAGAAAAAAUCCGAGGAGAGUAAAGUACAGUCUGAUGAAAUUCAAUCGUAGCACUCAUAAUUUUUCUAUUCAAAUAACUAGCCUGAAGGCGAAAAAGGAUAUUUGUAAAUCAGAAUUUCAAGUAAGUUUAAAAUUUGAUAAAAGUAAAGAAAUAUAAAUAAG